AGUCAGUCAAAUGUCAGCUGAGCGCUGGUGAUCGUAGCAACCCAAACUAAUACUAAUUUUACCGUAUUUCUACGAUUUUAAAAUUGUAACACAUUAGCGCGUAAUUAGAGGUAUAUAAUAAUAAUCGUGGACGUUGGCUCCAAACCAUGAACGUGCAACGUGUUUUCCAGCGAGUACACGGACAACUAUUGAUCUGCAAUACUUACAGCUCUCUCUCCUGCUUCAGCCAAGUACGCCUGAAGCACAGCAAGCAUGAUCUGGAGCAGCACAAGGCCAAGGUGAUGGCGCGGGGGCUGCCGGAGAAGAAGGCUCUGCCCGGCGUGAAGAGCAUCAUCCUGGUGGCCUCGGGGAAGGGUGGUGUGGGGAAAACUACCACUGCCGUGAAUCUCGCCUGCGCAAUGAAAGUGAUAGAGCCCGACAAGGACAUAGGGCUUCUGGACGCCGACGUGUUCGGUCCCUCGGUGCCUCUCAUGAUGAACAUCAGCGGCGAACCCAUGCUGAACGACGACCAUCUCAUCGAGCCACUACUCAACUACGGCGUCAAAUGCAUGUCAAUGGGCCUACUGGUAUCCGGUGAGAACGCGGUAGUAUGGCGCGGUCUGAUGGUGAUGCAAGCGUUGGAACGACUAACCCGUCACGUGGCGUGGGGCCCGCUCGACGUGCUAGUGGUGGACACGCCGCCCGGCACUGGCGACACGCACCUGUCGCUGGCGCAGAACCUGCCCAUCGACGGCGCCCUAAUAGUAACCACUCCCCAAUCCGCCGCCCUCCAAGUCACGAAGCGCGGCGUCAACAUGUUCGAAAAGCUCAAAGUCCCCGUCAUAGGCAUGGUCGAGAACAUGUCCCACGCCAUCUGCUCCAAAUGCGGAGAACGAAACUACAUCUUCGGCAACGAGACCCAAAGAACAGCCCAGGACAUGAACCUCGAGAUUAUCGAGAGCUUCGAAGUGGAUCAGAACAUGUCGGAAUGCAUUAAUAGCGGGAAACCAGCGAUAUACGCGCUCCCUGAUAGUGUGCAUGCGGAGAAGUAUAGGCGGCUAGCGAAUAAGGUGUUUAAAUAUGUGGACAGUAGGAAGGAGAAGGCUGAGGCUGAGCAAUAGUUCUGAAUACAUUUUGUUCCUUUAUGUUGUUA